CAUAACACGUGCUGACACAACACUCCAUAGUAUAUAGGUUCUGUCUCCGACCAGACCUGAACAGCGUCGGAACGUUACCGCCUGUAUCUUCUCUGCACACAGAAGACACUUUGUUCUCGUAUCACCAACUGUAUAUAACAGCACAUCACUGGUAUCGCCAGACUUUGUCUCCAGCUGUACCGUUCUGUUCUCACAUCUUCCAAAAACGGUAACUGCAACAGCACACGCUCCUACAAAAAGCCUGCUUUUGCGUGCGACUCCACGUGCUGGCUCUUGACAGAAUAUCCCUCUUCUGUGUCAGCAGCUCUUCUAUCCGCUAAAGCCUGCUGUCUUACGCUUUGCACGUGCUUUGGUGGCUAUCAUACCCCAGCGACAUCUUCUUGUCUCAAACUUCAACAUGGACUCAAGACAUGAUUCGUUUGUCAACUUUGAGGACAAGGAUGACGCCUCCCCACGCUACACAGGAGUUCCCAGCUCACCACUGAGCUCCAUUCCGGGAGACUUCGAGUCUCAAUCGAUGCCUCAAUAUAUGGGAGACCUCUUCAUGCUUGAGAACUCGAUGGAAGAGAUCGGAUCACCAGUCACUUCUGUCUCGGACAACGCAGUGGCUGAUACGGUUCACGUGGCUCCAGCCGAGAUGGCACCCGUUGACGUCCACAUCUACGUUCGCAGAUCCGACCGAAAGCGCAAGCGACCUGCUCGAUACUCGCAAGACCCCGAUCUUGGCACUAUCACGGAGCCUGAAGUAGAUAAAGUACCUGAAGUGUCUGAGCGUCCUACAAAGCAGCGCAAGGUCUCACAGCCCAAGACAGUCCGCGAGACUCGAAGCCGUGGCAAGCAGACGCUGGAUGUUGCCAUAUCACCCGAGCCUGUUACGACUGCUCAACCCGGAUCCGACGAGUCGCCCGCCUCGAGCAACGAGGUCGAAGAGUCGAUGUCUCUUGUCGAAAACCAGUCCAAGAAGUCCAAGAUUGUCAAGAUCAAGGUCGAUGCAGAGAGACUUGGUCAAAUACUCCACUCAUCGACUAUGGAUACCUCAGUGCCUGGUCUGUCCGUGCCCGAACCGUCGGCCUCUGAACCAUCAAGCUCUUUACCAGCAACUCCUGCCUCGUCCAUCCCUGGACCAUCAGCCCUGGCACUGCCCCAGGAACACACACCUCCAUCCAGCCUUACAUUCGAGCCCGAGGUCGUACUUCCCGAGACUCAGACUACUUUCAAUGACUUGGUCGCACUCUCUGUGGACUUGACGAAAAAGGUAUCCAUCAAGCAGAAGCCAAACCCUAGGGGUCAGCCAGAAAUUUGGGCAGACUAUCGCCAUCACCUCUGUGAGAGUCUUAGUGGGCUCUAUGCAUCAUGGCAAGGCUCUUACUACGGCAAAAAUGGCGUUGCAAAAGCAUUCAUGCUCGACGGCAAUGGUCACGCAAGAGACCACCUGGAUGAAGACGUCAUCAUCCUGCGAGCUAGUGGCAGCAUGGCAAAAGAUGACGACAACAGCAUGAAGCAGCGUGAAGACCAAGAACAAAAGCACCAAUAUCAUGCAAUGGUCAACGCCAUCAACCAGCAAAGCCCAAUCGCUGUGAUUUGUGGCGACAAGAACAUCCAAGUACAAAGCAAGAUGCCACACAAGUACAACUCUCUCGACUGGUACAAGGCCACUCAUGUAUGGACCGAGAAGGACAGAUACAAGGUCAUCAAGUACCGUCUCGAAAGGCUCGACCCAAGCACUCCUGGUUGGUGGGUCCCUGAAAACACCGAACCGAUCGUCAGACUCGGUGCACUUGGACCACCCGUCAGAGAUUGCUGCGGUUCGUGCGGCAAUCAAUACGACCAGCUAUAUCUUUGUGGUUGGUUGUGCCUCAACAGCAAGUGCGACAAGUUCUGGCGCCUGUCUGAUGACAGCAUACCAGAUGCUACACAGCUCCUUUACGACCCUCGUUUCUUGAAGCAGAAGACCCCAUGGGCAAACGAAGAGGCACCUCUCACUUUCCGUUUCCCCCUGUAUUUCGCCUCUGCGAUCGCAGGCGAAGACUACAAGGUAGAGAACCUUCGUGGUUUGACUUGCCCUGUGUGCGGUAAAUGCAAUGCUCGCGUCAAGUGGGAAGGCUGGGAAUGCACGCACUGUGGUUUCGAACACAAGCCAGUCAUGAACCUUCUCCCAGCAGCCUCAAUCCAGAACCAGAACCACCCGGUCACUACAGCCUACCCCUCUUCGCACGACUCUGCGUCUCCUCACAUCAAGGUGUCUGUAAACUUUUCUCACAACUACCGCUGGAUCACCUACAAGUUCAAAGUCUCAGCCACUGAGGAAGGCGAAGUGGUUCAUGGAAUCGCAAAUCAAGUCGUGCGCGAGGAGCAGGAAGGUCCGAACGAGAUGUGGGAACAUCUUCAGGGCAACUGUCACGGACUGGUGCGCAGAGAACUAUCUAAUGCUCUCAUGAACUCAUUCACCAUCAACUACGGCAUGCCGUACAAGUUCAUUGCCGCAGGCGACAGCCUUCCUUUUACGGACGCGCCUUGGCCCGUCACGGAAGCUGUAUCUCGGUUGAACUGGGCCGACAGAAUCACUUCAGGAAACGCUAUCGAGGACCAGGAAAAGUUCAACGAGCUGUACUUGGUUGCCUAUCUUCAAGACCAGUCGAUGAACUAUCAUGAUGACGGAGAAAAAGGACUUGGUGCCACAGUCGCUACUCUGUCGCUUGGCGCACGUGCUGACAUGGGUUUCAAGCCUAAGGCGCCUUUCUACCACGGUAUGAGGUCCGCCACACACAAGGGGAAGAAGAUGACCGUCAUGACUAUGGACGAGCCGUUGCCCGAGUUCCCCAAUUACGAACUGCGUAAGCAAUUCAUCGAAGAGAUCAAAAACGCCGAUCUGUCCAAGGAUGAAGAAAUGGCCCGGCUUGCCGAGAUGGCCAAAGAGCUGCAAGCAUCGUACCCUCCAAAGAAGAGCCAUACCAAGGUCGACGAUUACAUCAAGCUUUCACUCGGUCAUGGAGAUAUUUGCAUCAUGCGUGGCGCUCACCUUCAGAAGUGGUUUGAGCAUGGUGUCAGCCCAAAGGGCCUCAUGCGCUAUGCUCUGACAUGCCGCACUGUCCUGCCUGGUCAUCUCAAGAAGUCCGAGCUGCCUGACUAUGACGUUGACCUUGUUCAGAACGAGUACGAUGGCAGCCGCAUCGCCAGAUGAUUGUGUCGACCUGUUUUCUCUUGUUACUUCAUAUCACACUGAUAUGUCCUGAAGUUUUCCUUUCCUUCUUGUCUUGUUCUUGUUUUCUUUCUUUACUUUACUAGCUGUUUUGCAUGAUUAAAAGGGCCAACGGAUUUAACGGAGCUAUGGUAUUGCUGUUUUAACACAUGGAGUUUAUGGAUUUGAGAGAAAUGUUAUUGCUCAAUGAUACCAACCAGGGAUGAGCCUCAAAAGUAGCUACCAUAUGAACACACUUUGCUUUUU